UGUGCGGGCGCGCGGGCGCGGCGGCGUUGAGGACCUACGGUGGAUGUGAAGGAAGAUCCGCUGUUGCUCUGCUGCUGCACUUAACACCACACUUGUCCCAUUUUAAGUGUGUCUGACACUUAUUUCGGCCUCGCUACACUUGCAGCCAUGAUUGUGAACAACAAGUGGCCCAACACUGAGCGAAGGUCGUAUGAACCCUACCACCGAAGUGUUGGGCGCUCUACCGACUUCCAUCAUGGUUCACCCACCAGGCCAGUGGCCCUAAGAGAGGGGCAAGUGACCCCCAGAAUACCAGCUCGUAUCGGAAUUAAAGCUCAUACAAUUUUAUUAGUGCAGCCGGGACCAAAACCAGAAACGAGAACGUUUUCCGAUUAUGAAAGUGUGAACGAAUGCAUGGAAGCAGGUGUGUGCAAGAUCUAUGAGGAGCACCUCAAGCGGAUGAACCCAAAUACACCAAGCAUCACCUACGACAUAUCUCAACUCUUCGAUUUUAUCGAUCAACUAGCUGACCUCUCCUGCCUUGUGUACCAAAAAAGUACCAACACUUAUGCACCCUACAAUAAGGAUUGGAUAAAGGAGAAGAUAUAUAUCCUGUUGCGACGUCAAGCUGCAAAAGCAAACUAAUCAAGAGUGCAGCUGAAAAUUUUGAAUUGCUUUGACAUUAAUAAUUUAGCUAAUUUUGAAUGACUGGAGGGUUUCUCGAGUCAGGUGUACAAAUUGCAAAACACCACACAGGGAUCAUGAAUGAAAAAAAUUGGUGGACGUGAAGUAGAAACAAAGUCGGAAAAGCUAAAAAUGUAAUAACGGUUAAGGGUAGAGCUGUGUACAAAUUUCAGUACGUUAUACAUUUACAUAUACAGUACUGUAUAUGUAAAACAAUUGGACUUAAAAUCUUGAAGCCAGAUUCACUACAGUUUUAAAAUGUUUAAAUAGAGGGCUACUGUACUGUACAUAGAAAAGAAGAACAAAACUUUUAUCCGGGAAUAAAAAUGCUGGUAAAUAUUAUUUAAAACUACUAUACAGGCAUUCAGUGGCAUAUUUGUUUGUUAUAUCAUUAGAUACAGCAGAAAUGUUUUUAUGUAGUUUGUGAUAAUGCAGUGUAAUAUGAAUUCUGUUAUGUGACAGUUUGUAAAACACGUUAGUUUAUGAGAGUGAAGUUAGUUCCAAGUUUAUGAGAGUGAAGUUAGUUCCAGUAGCAAGGUUUCCAGUCUCUGGAAGCAAGAGUACAAACCCAGCGAGAAUAUAAUUUGAUCCCAUGUCCUGGAUGUGUUUUGCAUCCACAUGUCAAUUAUUUUAUCAGAAAAUAUUUCAGAUAUCGAGCAGAACACAAACCUUGCUUCCACACAAGUGUUUUGGGGCACGUACACUUUUUAUGGGUUUCACGUGACUGCCUAGAAUAUCGAGGGCUUAGUGUUAACUGUAGUAGAAUAUGACCAGUUAAUUUUGUAAUUUAUCAACACCAUAAAUAUCUCUAUUUCGGGGUUUCAGCAAAUACUUACCCUGGAACCAAGCGUAAUUAUACAGUUUUUGUUAUUUCUAUAAUUUUGCUUUACAUUUUGUAAUAUCACUUUCUAGAAAAAUGUCCCAACAAUGUUUUGCUGGUUACAAUAACCAUUGAGCCUUAUUUCACAGUGAAAAUACCAACAUUAAAUUUAAAGUAUUCAGGAAAGUUGUAAUAAAAAUCCUAGUAUUGGAAGCAAAUGCAGUUUGGGCAGUAUUAUUUAUUUUGAGUAAGUGUAUCAUUUGGUAAGAUAAAUUUACCAUGACUAGCAGAACAUUACCAGGUAUAAUUAUACAUGAAGGAGCCUGAAAGUUGAGGUGCACAUGUAUACAAACAUAUUUUUUCAUUAACAGGAUGAUUUUUCCUGAAUUUUUCAUAGUAGCUGUAAAUUUGAUUAGGCACAACAAACGUCAUAAUCAUCCAUACUAUGUAAGUGACCAUCUGAAUAAAAAAAUUAUCAGAUUUUCCUAAUUUUUAAAGUUCGUGUAUUUAGACCUCGUAAUAAAAUUAAUGUUUAUGAAUUUAGACUAUUCAUAAUAAAAAUUAAUAAAAGUUAAAA